AUGUCUGGCGCAGCGCCUCACAGUGCGGCCGACGCCUAUGCUCAGGCAAGGAGCAGUGCGGCCGCCGCCAACCUCAGCGCUCCCUCUGCGCCCGCCGACGCCGCUGCGCCUGGGCCCUCGUCGUCGCGCACGCGGCAGCGCACGGCCUCUGCCUCGGCAUCGGGCGAUGCGGCGUGGUACGACACGAUGCGGGAUCAUCUGGCCACUCCUUCGGCAUGGCCAGACGAGAAUGAGCGCGUGCUGCUGGAGCCGUACACCUACCUCGCCGCGCACCCGGGCAAGGAGAUUCGCUCGCGCCUCAUCGACGCCUUCAACGCCUGGCUGGGCCUGGACGAGGGCAAGCUGGAUGUGGUGCGCAAGGUCGUGGGCAUGCUGCAUACCAGCUCGCUGCUCAUGGAUGACGUGGAAGACAACUCCGAGCUGCGGCGAGGCAUCCCCGUAGCGCACAAGAUCUACGGCGUGCCGCAGACGAUCAACACGGCCAACUACGUCUACUUCCAAGUGUUCGAUCUCAUCUUCACCAUGGGAGCUCCGUCACUCUCCCACACCGCCUCGCCGGCUGCCGCUGCUGCCGCCGCACAGCCAAGCGUCGAGAAGCUCCUCGUCGAAGAGCUGAUUGCGUUGCAUCGGGGACAGGGCAUGGACCUCUUCUGGCGCGACGCCCUCGUCUGUCCCACGGAGGCAGAGUACGUCGACAUGGUCAACAACAAGACGGGCGGCCUGCUCCGCAUUGCCUUGAAGCUCAUGCUUGCCCACUCUUCGCGCUACCACGGCGGUGGCGGCGGCAGCAGCGAGCAGCAAGCACAGCAGCGGCCGGACCUGCUGCCGCUCGUGAACCUCAUCGGCCUGCUCUUUCAGAUCCGCGACGACUACAUGAACCUGCAGUCUGCGGCGUAUGCGAGCAACAAGGGCUUUGCGGAGGAUCUGACAGAGGGCAAGUUUAGCUUCCCGAUCAUCCACUCGAUCCGCUCCACCUCGGCAAACGUCAGUGCCGGCGCGCCCGGCGGCAACCGGCAGCUCCUGUCGAUUCUGCGGCAGCGGCCCACCGACGAGGCGACGAAGCGCUACGCCGUGGCGUACAUGCGCAGCGUGACGCGUUCGUUUGCCUACACGCGCAACGUGAUGCGCCGCCUGGCCCGACUGGUCGAGAGGGAACUGGCCGAGGUGGAGGAGGUGCUCGGUGAGAACAGAGCGCUGAGAGUCAUCGUGAAACGACUGGAAGAGGGAUGGGGAGAUGAAGAUGAUGAGGAUUGAAAUGGGAUGACCAUUGAGUAGCAAGUGCGCCAAGUGCGGGCACUGCAAAAGCGGCAAAAUUCAGUAUGUCGUUGAC